UUGCCAGUGUCUCUCGCCCACCCCUCCACUGAAUCCUCUCUCUGGACUCCGGAUGGUCAAUGCGUCGAUUUUGCCCGCCCUCGCUUUUUAAACCCAACAUUCUAGUUUCUUUCCUUCAUUGAUACUUCUCCUCUCACGUUUCCUCUCCAUAGUCUUUCUUCUCGGAGCUGCUUACUUCUAGGAUUUUAUCCAAAACUCUCUCUCGCCGUCCUGAAAUGGAGCCCGUUUCAUUCGUGGCAGACAAGUUCGAAGGUUUCGGCAAAUGGAGCCAAGACUUCUUCGACGGCCUGAUUCAUCGCCGUCGUGAUACUUCCGGUCGCCGGAAUCCGAUUGAAAUAUUGAAGCGGUUGCAACGGGAGGCGUUUUCGGAUUUGAUGAAACUCCGGGACAGACAAGAUAAGGUAGAGAGAAUUCUUUCCCUGUACAAAACUGCCAAAGGGAGUCCUUUCCAGGAAGUUGGGACUGUUGUCAGAGGGGAAUUUGAUAUCUUGGGGGCUUUGGUGAUGAGGCAUAAUGUCGAACAUGAUGACUGCGAUGUGCUGAGUCGUGCCGGAAUCCGAACCGGAGUUGAUUUGAGGUUCAGUUUCGAAACGACGGUCCGGGAAAAUGAUAACCUCGUUGUCGAGUUUGUUAGCGGUCAAAAGAACAAGGGUAAUAUGGUUGAGGAGGGCUUAGGAAGCUCACUUUCUCUAGCAAAGGUGUUUUAUACAGCAAGUGCUGGUGAUUGGCUAUCCACAUUUGUUAUCCCAAUGGGAGGGAAAUGCAGUGAUGUUGCAAUCGUCACAAAUCCUUCACAUCAGGGAAAGGGCCUUACAGGUAUCUCAUCUUCUGGACCGCCCCUUUUGAAUUUGCAUAAUGGUAGUGCUAUUGGCUUAAUGGUGAAGAAAUCAAAUGUUGUUGCUUCAUUGGCUCAGUUUGUUUCUGGACUGGGAAUACCUCCGGACUCUCACAGCAUUGAGCAUUGCUUCAGCACAUUUGGGCAAGUUUUAUGUCAACUGCCAAGAGGAACAAAGCUCUCUCUUCUAGGACUUCUCCAAGUGCCCAAAUUAUCACGUCAACCUGCCGAUCGUGGACCACUCACGCUUUCUUUUGGUGGUUACAAGCAUCAGGAAGCCCCUGAGAGAAUGGUUGAAGAAUUUGUUUUACCAAUGGGACUAAGCUCCCAAUGCAAGGUCUCAAUUGGAUCCUUUGCUCUAAUGAUAGAGUCCAAAAUGGACGAGUUCACUAAGAUCGGAGGUUGGAUCGAGAUGAAAAACUCAGAUCUUAAUUAUCUAAAUUGGGCUGUGAGUUUGUCCGAUGAUUCUGAAGAUUCAUUUGGAUGGGGAAUGAGGUUCAGUGGGACGAGUGAAGGUCCCAAAAAUUUUGACCGUUUUCAGGUUGAAUCUUACGUGAAAUUGAACUUAGGAAAGAGGUUCAGUAUAAAGCCUGGUGUUGCUUACAUAAAGGAUGGAAAUUCCAGAGCAACUGCCCUUAUGCUUCGGUCUAAUUGUUCACUUUGAUCACCAUCUUUGGGUUGAAUAUCUUUUUGUAAUGCGAGGUCCCCAGUUAAAAAGUUCAAAUACACCCCAUCUCCAGCCUUACGUACAUAUUGACCACAGGAUUUGGUUUUGUUUUGUUGAAUUUUCAUGUACGGAUGCGCGAUUGAACCAUCAUUUUUUUAAAAAGAUAAAAAGGUAUACUAUCCACAAAACCUGUCAAAGCCAUCUUCUAGUGUUUUAUUGGCUGGAUAUUAAUCGUUGCAUUGACAAACAUGACUGUGGACUUA